AUGACUUCAGGAUGGGCUAGGUUGCCUCGAGAAGUCCGGAGUCAUAUUCUACAAACUCUGAUGCAAGACGGUUGCAAAGUGAGUCGCUUGGCCACCGUGUGUCGAGACUGGCAAACAGAGCUGGAGAGGUACAACUUUGCUCGUAUCAAAGUGACACCAUCGCGCCUCGUUGAUUUUGGUUCGAUGAUCCAUCGCAAUCAAGCUCUCGUCGACUAUAUCUGGUUCUGCCUGGAACUUGAUGAAUAUGAUUGCAUGGCAUGUGCGCCAAACCGCAGAACGCUCACACUGGACGAGUAUGAAGAGGCAUUCAGUAUCAACGAUGCAGAUGGCUUUCCUCUCACCACAGCCUUCCAGAAUCUGUUCUCGGUGCUAAGUACAUGGGUCCUUAAAGACAACUUGGUACUCGACAUUAGUAUCUACUCGCCCAGUGACUCCAAACAUUGGUUCCCAUAUCUGACCUUUAUGCCCGAUAUCGCUCUCGAUAUGCUAGGUGAUGGUAUGGAGCAGGCGAUACCAAACAAAGUCUAUAACGAUCCUCAACACGGCUGGGUCACUGGUUUCCGAUACUCACCUCCGCCUCACUGUGCUAUCUGCAAAGUUUUUCAUCCCAUCAUGGAGGAGGGACCGUUUGAUAGCCAGCAGUUAGAGCUCGAAUGGUGGGAUCAGCUUCCACCAGUCCCGGCGAUAACCACUAUACUUCUCCGGCAGCAGAACCGCCGGAGAUGGAAGCCGCGCUCGCUUGCACAUAUGUUCAGCCGUUUUCCCAGACUCCAGGAAGUCCACUACGAGCCAUGGAGGGAAUGGGAUUCCCUACAGAGGUAUACAGAAAGAGGUAGUCGAAUUGCUAAUAGCCCACCCAUCCGUUAUCCAGAUAUCCAGUACCUUUUCGAAGCCAUCCCACGAUUCAACAAGAAUCUCAAGAGACUUGUGGUCUUUGAGAACUUCAACCAACAGUAUACAGUGAUCAUGCACCAAGUCCUAUCCGGACAUGUCCUGAGCGAAUGUGACAGUCAUCGCAAGCCCACCCCGGCUGUAAGUCGGAUGGUUGCACUCGCCAGCCUCAACCUCGAGCAUCUCGCGGCAUCUUUCAUCGUAGAUGCCAGCCAUUUCUUUGACAUUGAGCCCUCUUGGGAGUGGCCAAAUCUACGCUCGAUCGUCCUUACUUCAAGCCUACUCACGCCCGACGAGGAUCCGAUCGAGAUUGGAGUUAUGCUUCAGGCGGCGGCUGCAGCGGCGAUGAAAAUGCCGCGACUGGAAACAAUGGAAAUUUGGAAUGGAAGACAGGGAUCGGCGGCGCUGUUCAAAUACCAGGUGUUCCACGACAGACAGGAAGCUACAAUCACUUGGAGAGGUACGUGGCAGUUGACCAUGGAACCAUCUUUGAUCCAGGCUUGGGAAGUCGUCGUGGGACGUUAUGGCGGCUACAGACUCAAUUCGGUUCCGGAAAGUCUGCAUGAAGCUGCCAUCAAAUCUCACGCUGAUGCGAUCCACCAUCUAAUGCUGUCAAGCCCGGUCAUUCGGCCCAUCUCGUUGCAGCAGAUUCAGAGGGAACAGAAAUGUCUCGAGGGCGUGCCGACUUUCAAGAUCGAGACGUGCCACCUGUGCUCCCGCCCCGUCUACCCCUCCAAGGGCAUCACGUUCGUGCGCAACGACGCCAAAGUGUUCCGAUUCUGCCGGUCCAAAUGCCACAAGAACUUCAAGAUGAAGCGCCAGCCGCGCAAGCUCAAGUGGACCAAGACGCACCGGGCGCUGCGGGGCAAGGAGAUGAUCGUCGACCAGAACCUGCUGCUGUCGCAGUUUGCAAAGAGGCGCCACGCCCCCGUCAAGUACGACCGGAACCUGGUGCAGGCGACGAUGCGGGCCAUGGAGAGGAUCGAGGAGAUCCGCGCGCGCAGGGAGCGCGUCUACACCCGGCGGAGGCUGAGCGGCAAGGCGCAGCGCGACGCCCGGCGCCGGCAGGACCUCAAGGUCGUCGCCCAGGGCGAGCACCUCAUCAAGAAGGAGUUGGCCGACCUCGAGGCCGCGCGCGCCGAGAUGGAGCCCAUGGUCGAACAGAUCAAGAGGGAUUUGGAGACCAGCAGGGUCGUCGGGGAGGAGCGUCUCAGACAGAAGAGGAAGAGGAAGAUGCUGGUCGGUGGUGGCACCGAGGAAGACAUGGAUCUGGAUUGA